AUGCGUUCUCUCAGCGAGUUGUUGUCGGAAGCUAAUGUUUAUGCUCAGUCCUUCAAGAUGAUGAGCGAAGUCGAACAAGCGGAAAUUGCAGCCGCAGCACGCGAAAACCGUACUCCUUAUAAUAUCCAAAUGAUCUUUGAGAGGAGCAAUGAGAGAGGAUUAAGGCGUCGUCAAUACGACCUGCCGACGGCGAAUGAAGUUGCAGUUGUGUACGUUGGCGAAAACAACGACGUGCCACCAACGAGGAGCUUAGCCGUGCACCUCCGAAAUGCCUCAGGAGAACAACUCCAGAAUAUAAGCGAUAUUGACAAGAUAUGCGACCCUCUCACUUAUCCACUCCUCUUCCCUACUGGAAAUGGCGGAUGGGAGCCAACCAUGACCAAUGACAAUGGAUAUCGGAUUUCACAGAGAGAGUACUAUUCGUAUCUGCUGUCGGUAAGAGAUAACUUCAACCCUAUUCUGUACGCUGGAAAACUCUUCCAGCAAUUUGCCGUUGACGCUUAUGUCAAAAUAGAGCAGAAUCGGCUUAAUUUCGCGAGAAGAAAUCAACUGAGACUGCGCUCCGACUCUUAUAGAGGUCUGCAGGACUAUCUUGCCGGUGAGGAUGUCACCGGUCCACCGGGAGCCCGUGUCGUUUUGCCGUCAUCCUAUUUCGGUGGACCGCGCUCCAUGCAACAGUCAUAUCAGGACGCAAUGGCUAUAGUUGCACGUUAUGGGAAACCUACAUAUUUUCUGACAAUGACGUGCAAUCCGCAAUGGAAGGAGAUCCAAGAAAACCUCUUCAGUGGCCAAUCAGCGUCGGAUCGUCCUGAUGUGGUAGCGCGGGUUUUCAACGCCAAGGUACAAGAACUUUGUGUCGAUCUCUUCAAAAAACAUGUUCUUGGAGAAGUACAAGCCUACGUGUACGUUAUCGAAUUCCAAAAACGAGGCCUUCCACAUUGUCACAUGCUUCUCAUAAUGAAAGAAGAUUGGAAAGUGCGGACGGCGGACGAUGUGGACAGAUCUAUUUGUGCGGAAAUCCCAAACUCUGCAGAAGAACCCGCACUUCAUGCUGCAGUGACGUCCUUCAUGAUACACAGGCGAUGUGGACAGGUGGACUCUCCAUGCACGCUUCCUAAUGGAACCUGUUCAAAAAGGUUUCCUAAGCAAAUAAGGGAAAGAACUUCGGUGGACGUGGACGGAUACCCAAACUAUCGACGGCGCAACCUGAAUCCUUUCGAAAGUAAUGGUGUAUUAUACGGCGACCAGUGGGUUGUUCCAUCAAACCCGUACCUUCUCACAAAAUUUGAUUGCCACGUGAAUUUGGAGGUUUGUGGCAUGAUAUCAGCAGUGAAGUACCUCUACAAGUAUGUCUACAAGGGUCCGGACCGUGCUCGAAUCAACAUCGAAGGCAACCAAGACGGUAACGAAACAACUAAUGUUGACGAAAUUAAGCAACAUUUGAAUACUCGCUAUGUGUGUGCCCCUGAGAGCAUGUACAGGAUCUACAGUUUUGAGAUGCAGGAUAAGUCGCACACGAUCGUCAGGCUCGCUGUUCACUUACCUGAUUACCAAACGGUUCUAUUUGUGCAAGGAAGAGAGCAACAAUACCUUGAUCAUGCACGCCAAUCAUAUACAACUCUUACGGCAUACUUCGAGCUCAACAGGCACUAUGCCCAAAUUGGUGAAAACGAACACCGCGACAUUGCGACGGAUCCUAGGGAGCUUUAUUACUAUCAACUUCCUGAAUAUUUCACAUUCAAGCCACGUAGUGGUUGGAAAGCGAGAACACGGUCUGGAAAGUUUAUUGGGAGAAUGUACACCGUUUCGCCUCGAGACACCGAACGAUAUUGCCUCCGAAUUUUGCUACUGAACACGAAAGGGAGAAUAUCCUUUGAGGACCUACGAACUGUGGACGGCGUUGCAUAUGAUACGUUUGCAGAGGCAGCCAGACAUGCAGGAUUCCUAGACGACGACAGAUACUUUCGGCAAAGCUUGCAAGAAGCAGCACAGUACCAGUCAGCGACAUGCCUCCGGAGUUUUUUUGCAUGCUUACUCUGCUUUUCUGAAGUGGUUCACGCACAGGAUUUGUGGAACGAGUUUGCCCACGCAAUGUCGGAUGAUUUCAUCUACCGGGGAAUGGAACCUGAGCUUGCUGUGGCACAUGCGUACUUUGAUGUGCUGGAUCGAAUGGCAGUUCUGGGCAGAGAUUUACGAGAGACCGUUACUCCUCCCUAUGAGACUCUCAAUUCCGGACAAAAGACUGCUGCAGACGCAAUUAUUGAUGCACUAAGCAGACCAAGGAAUCGGUGCAUAUUCAUAGACGGACCCGGAGGGAGUGGGAAGACCUAUUUAUACAACACUGUGUACAACAUUGCAGUUGGACGGCGACGUCAAGUUGUUUGCGUUGCUUGGACAGGGAUAGCUGCCAACCUUCUGCCAGGAGGGCGAACAGUCAAUUCUGUCUUCAAGCUUAACAUUGCUGAUGGUAAUCGAACAUCCACCAUGAAGCGCGAACAAAAGGAAGCUAGAGAGCUGUAUUCAACGGACAUGAUAAUUUGGGACGAAAUUUCCAUGACGCCAAAAGUUGCAUUGGAAGCAGUCGACACCCUCCUGAAGGACAUCAUGCAAAAUAGUGAGCCGUUUGGUGGAAAGAUUAUGAUUAUUGGUGGAGAUUUCCGUCAAGUCUUGCCAGUAGUCGAGCAUGGUCAAAGGGAAGACUUUGUUGAUGCUUGCGUUCAUAAGUCUGCUCUUUGGUCGCUGUUUGCAAUUCACCACCUGACCGUCAAUAUGAGAGCAAGAGAUGCUGGAGAUGACUGGCAUGAACGUCUUCUUGGAAUAGGUAACGGAGACUGCAACGAUGUCAAUGAUUGUGUGCUGAUGCCUGAAGAGAUGAUGUGCUCUUCUGACAUAGUUACAGAGAUAUUCGGAGCCACCCUCGACCCGGAAAGGACGUCUGAGUUGUGCGAGCGUGCCAUUCUUGCGCCAAAGAAUGUCCACGUACAGCGCCUAAACGACAUAGCCCUUGAUCGUCUGCGUGUGGAAAGAUCAGAGGACGAAAAAACGUACAAGAGUAUCGAUGAAGCAAUUUACACUGAAGGACAGUAUAAUCAACUUUUCCAGCAGGAAUAUAUAAAUUCCCUGACACCGACAGGAAUGCCGCCACAUGAGCUGCAUCUCAAGAAGGGGACAAUUGUGAUGCUGCUGAGGAACCUCGAUGUAACCAAUGGCCUCUGUAAUGGAACCCGGUUGAGAGUUGAAACAUUAGGACGUUUCACACUUGGUUGCACGUUUAUCUGCGGAGACAGAACAGGCCGACUCGCCAUCAUUCCGAGAAUCGACAACUAUUGGGAAAAGCGAGUUCCUUUUCGACUUCGCAGAAGACAAUUCCCUGUGCGAAUAGCUUUUGCAAUGACAAUUAAUAAAGCACAAGGACAGUCUUUCGACAAAGUAGGCGUAUAUCUCCCACAGGAUGUCUUUUCUCACGGACAACUAUACGUUGCCCUUUCACGCGCAAGGACUCCAAGUGGAAUAAGGGUCAACUCAUCUACAAAUGCGAUCAAAAACAUCGUAUAUCCCGAAGCUUUGCUGUGA